GGACGCUGGACCCGAGCGUAACGGGAGCAGGUGUUCACAUCAAAGGUCUGGGUCGCGAAGGCAGAGACUCCAUGUGCCGCAGAAAAAACUCCACGGACAAUUGGGAGACUCCUUUCAAAAAAACAAAACUCCGGAACCACGCGACUCCGCGCUCAGGGGGCGUGGGUACGGCCCACCACGAGGGCAGGGCUCGGCGCCAGCUCUCGGCAGAACUAACAAUAUUUGUUAGGCCCUAAACAAAAAGGCCCUAACAGCGCUAAAUCCAUUCACUUCGGGAGUGUUGCAACCUGGGACACCAAGCGCCGCCCACGCCCCAGCUACGCGCCUCAGGGACACAUCGGUUGAGGCGCGGCUACUUUCGUGCACGCGCCUUGCAUGCCCGUGCUUCGCCCUUACAGCAGAACGCCUAAAACCGCUACGGUGGCUCUGCUGGGGACAAAUUAUUCACGUCCCACUGUUCUGCAAACCCAAUCCAGGAGGUAUGACCUGGCUGGGACAGUUUGGGAAGAUGGCCACGAAGGCACCUGGGGGAGUAGAUAUACGUAUUUGAGAAUGAGAGGAGUAAAUCGCUGGACGACCAUGAGCAGGAAGAAAAUUAGGCCUCCACCUCCCAACCAGUGGCCCUGAGUUGGCAACUUACACAGCGCGCGCCAGAGCCAGGAGCCCCGCCUUGGGGGCGUGGCCGCGCGCUGGUCGGCUGGGGCGGGGCCUGCUUCUGGCCUCAUCUAGCCCCGCCCCAGGCGAGGGCGCCGCACCCACACUGCGCUGCGCAGUUUUGUUCUGCUCCAGCCGUUCGAAGGUGAUCCAGACGCAAGAUGGCUGUCCUCUCUAAGGAAUAUGGUUUUGUGCUUCUAACUGGUGCUGCCAGCUUUAUAAUGGUGGCCCACCUAGCCAUCAAUGUUUCCAAGGCCCGCAAGAAGUACAAAGUGGAGUAUCCUAUCAUGUACAGCACGGACCCUGAAAAUGGGCACAUCUUCAACUGCAUUCAGCGAGCCCACCAGAACACGUUGGAAGUGUAUCCUCCCUUCUUAUUUUUUCUAGCUGUUGGAGGUGUUUACCACCCGCGUAUAGCUUCUGGCCUGGGCUUGGCCUGGAUUGUUGGACGAGUUCUUUAUGCUUAUGGCUAUUACACGGGAGAACCCAGCAAGCGUAGUCGAGGAGCCCUGGGGUCCAUCGCCCUCCUGGGCUUGGUGGGCACAACUGUGUGCUCUGCUUUCCAGCAUCUUGGUUGGGUUAAAAGUGGCUUGGGCAGUGGACCCAAAUGCUGCCAUUAAAGAAUUAUAGGGGUUUAAAAACUCUCAUUCAUUUUAAAUGACUUACCUUUAUUUCCAGUUACAUUUUUUUUCUAAAUAUAAUAAAAACUUACCUGGCAUCAGCCUCAUACCUAAAA